UCUGCAGGAUUAUAAUCUGUGUGUGGGCUGCAUCAGUGCGUCCAUGACAAAUCAUUCAACACAUACCAGUGACUGUGGGUCGAUAAAUCAGCGGAGGACGGGACCUGACGUGGACUGAGCCUCAUUCAGAGGAGUUUGUUCAGGCCAAACGCCUGCUGCUGCUGGUUUGUCUCCGGGCUGGAACAUGGCUCUGUCAUUCCUUCUGGUUUUGGCUGCCACCGUGAUCCUCAUCAGACCUGAGACGCCUGUAACUAAGGCCUUACAUCAGAACUCAGUGGAGUGCUGUGGCGAUAAAGUGAAAGUGAACAAUUCGUGUUCGAACGACACUCACUGUGAACCAGGCUGUUUUGUGCGCGUCCUCGAGAACAGCAACACUGUGUGCAUAUUCUGUGACUCGGCGUCCGUGGACCUGGAGAAUAUCACAGUCUGCACCUACAACUACACAGUGGAGCGGAAGAAUCACACCACUGUCACCACUGUCAUUCCUAAAAUUGGAGGGCCAGGAGUGGCAGCCUCUCUGCUUCUAGGAACACUGUUGAUCAGCCUGUUCCUGAUCCUGUCUGUCGCCUCCUUCUUCUACCUCAAACGCUCCAACCGACUCCCAGGCAUCUUCUACCGCCGCAACAAAGCCUUUAUUUUCCAACCAAGCGAGACAGCUGUCAUGAUUCCCUCCUCAUCAGCGAGAAAAACAAGAUAUGUCAGAAGGGAGCGCCCCUCUGCAAAAUCCACAGUGAACAGUGGCACGAUACCAACGACGGCCACCACUCUUAACGUGUAGGAGGGGGGGCGGCGGCGGUGUUGGUGCAGGUUACAGAGAACGCUCAGGAAGGAUGUUAGAUUUUCUUUUACCAAAUGUGUGGGAAAGACUCGUCCAGAGUUUGCCAAAUGUAAGUAACUGUUGGCAGAGCGUCUUACUGACGUGACCUUUUGACUUUGCCAUAUUUUCCUUGAAAUGAAGCAGACGCAGAAACUAAAACUGCUAAAAAAAAAAGUAGAUUCAAUAGUUCCUCAAACGUUUAGACAACGCAGGUUGGGUUUUUAUUUGCCGCCCACUCAUGCAGCGCUGUCAUAAACAAUCUAUCACUCACGUCUUCGAUCAUAAGUCACUGCAAAAUAUGUCUCUUUAAUGUAUAAUUUAACAGCCAAGAGGUAGCAGUGAAGUUUGAAACCUUCCUCAGGCCCUCAUGAAAACUAUGACUAGCCACUUAGCUUAGCAUUAAGACUGCAAACUACUACAGCUCACAAUAAACAAGUCAUUACUAUGUAAAAUAAAACAUUUCACUAUCUUACAAGGAAUUAUGUGACAAACUUAUUUACUAAACAAACAUACAGUGUAGUUUUUAAAAUGGUGCAAGAGAAGGCAGGGGAAUAGUAGUUUUCCCCUUAUUUUCAGUCAGUAUGCUAAGCUAAUGUCACGUGGCUGCAGCACCGUUUUUAACAGACAGACUCUUACCAGUGCUCUCAUCAUGGUUUAAAUGGUUUGUAGAAAUGUGAGCUUUUUAUUGCAGAGCAGCCAUUUUGUCAGGUGUUUCUUAUCACAUUAACGACGGCUCUGUUUAAGUCUUUUUUUUAAGGAUUUAAACCAGAUUCUCUGAUUUUUCAGCUUCUUGAAUGUGAGUAUUUUCGGGUUUUUCUUGCUCCAUGGAACAAAGAAAUCAUUCAAACUGAGUCGUUUUAGUUUGUGGACAAAACGAGGCGUUUGAGAACAUCAUUAUUAUCAAGUUUGACAAAGAAUUAUCAACAUUUUAUGGACUAAACAAUUACUGGUAUAAUCGAGAAAAUAAUAGCCAGAUUAAGGGUUAUGAAAAUAAUAAUAAUUCACUCUGAAAGUGAGCAAGAUAAAUGGAACUCAGCCAUGAUUCAUUGUGUUUUCCUGCUGUCACCUUUCAAAAUGGCUGCUGUUUAGACUCAUUUAGUCAGUGACAAGGUUAAACAACAGUGACUUCUUAUUUUGGAUGAUUGUUUUUUUUUUUUCAUUUCAAAAACUUCCGAUUUAUUUUUUUAUUUCCAUUUGUUUAUAUUUAUUUGCGUUUUGCACCAGUGCACUGAAUUUUAAGCCAACAGAAUAAAUUGUGUCUCUAAUAGAUUUAAUUAGAAUUCCUCUGGUGGACCAGGAACAUUAUUGUAGCUGCUGUAUUGAACGAUUGUAUGAUUGACUUUGUAUUUUUUUAUCGUCACUGCUAUUUUACUAUUUUUGUGAGCUCAAGCAAAGUGAAUGUAUUUCACAUAAUAAUAACCCGUGUAACAACUCGCGCAUUGCAAAUUAUAUUGCAUUAUUUAUUACAUUCCAUAGCAGAAAAAUCUAUUUGUUUUAAUGAGAUCCUAUUAAAAAUACAGAAAAAGUUAAGUUUAACUCCUUUAAUGCUUUAAAUUGACACUUUAUUUGUCCAAUGUCAUCCGAAAAUGUUAGACCUUCCUUUAAAUGGGUCUGAGAUUGUUUAGUUGUAUAAGUGGCGACAUGUUUUUCGUUGCACUGUGAAUAUUACUUGACUACUGUUACCUUUUGCCAAAAGAAAGUGGCUUGUACUGUGUGCCAUUACUGUGAUUUCUGUGCCAUUACUGAGCUUUAAAUGCAGCUAAAAGGGAACAUUUAGUCAUGACGUGAUGAAUAAUCAGGUGUUUAAAUUAUAUCUAGUGGCCUUUACUGUGCACAAUUUGAAUCCAAGGCUAGUUAUCCAAGAUUUAUUUGCUGCAUGGUAUUUUAUUAUAUAUAGAUAUGUUUUUAUAUCUCGACAAACCUGAAGUUGUAUCAAGUAAUUUCCACUCUCAGUAUAUGUGAAGCAGUCUUAACGUGCCAGAUACAAGGCAGCCAGCUGUCAUCCCAUAAAUACUCUUCUUCUUUUUGCUUUGUCUUUAGUGUUAUACAAAUAACCAUAAGCUGAAUACAUGUAUAUAUUGUUUUAUACAAGAUGAUGUGUUGUUUUUGUAAUCAUGUAUAUCUUCUAAUUUUUCGGUGCGAUGAAGAACGUUCUGAAGAUGUUUGAGUUGUUUGAAGAAAUAAAGCUCCUUUCCACUGUU